CCCUUUUUCGUUGCCUUUUAAUACCCACAAGUCUUUGCAACUUCCUUUCCGACAUUUCUCGGGCAGAAUGGCGCCAAACAAGAAGGGCGGUGAGAAAAAGAAGGGGCGUUCUGCCAUCAACGAGGUUGUGACCAGGGAGUACACCGUCAACCUCCACAAGCGAAUACAUGGCGUGUCCUUCAAGAGGAGGGCACCUCGUGCUCUCAAGGAGAUCCGCAAGUUYGCCAUGAAGGAGAUGGGAACCCCUGAUGUACGCAUCGACACUCGCCUGAACAAGGCUGUAUGGACCAAGGGUGUGAAGAAUGUCCCAUACCGUAUGCGUGUGCGCCUGUCAAGGAAACGCAAUGAAGACGAGGACUCUCCCAACAAACUAUACACCCUCGUCACAUACGUUCCUGUCACAACAUACAAAGGUCUGCAGACGGUCAAUGUGGAUGAGAACUAAUUAUUCACUGGUGUUGAAAUAAAUGUAUAAAAGAAA